AUGGCGAACCACGCUGCAUUGCCUGUCGAGGCAGCAAGUUCCGGGGCUUCCACAGGAGGAGUGUCUCGUGCGGGACGGGCAUCAUCUCAAGGUACUUCAUUCAUAGUGGAACACUAUUGCUUUUAUGUAGAUGUAGAACCUGGUGGUCUGUUUUCCGCUUAGCGUAUGAACGUUUUAGACAGUGUGAUAAUGGACCACAAUGAUGCUACCUCCAGGUGCACCUGUCUUGCCGGCGCUUUCUGCGGAUGAGAUUCGGAUUUUGGAUGAAAUUGUUACCGCAAAGUUGCCCACGGCAAAGGAUCGCUGCGAGGAGCUCGACCUGCCGAUCCAUUUCGGCGAGCGCUGCGAGAGCUUGUUAAGCAAGUACCUGGUUGCGAAAUUUCCUGUGGGGAACAAGCGCCGAAAAGCGUACCAGCAUCUGUAUGAGCAACAGCGCGAUGAUUGGUGUUACAUCGCCGAGGCCCGCCCUCGGCUUAGCGGCUACUCCUGGGGAUCUCCGAUGUACAAGGAACUGGAAGCAGAGCUGACGUUACGAUGCAAGCGCGUUGAGAAAAUUAUGACGAUCAUGGAUUCCUUGUUCAAAGAUGAUGAAACAUGAAGAACAGGGAGAAGGACGCAUGCCUUCAAAGACUGUGAUCUAUCUAUUCCGGUCUCUGUCGACCCAGAUGAACGUCCGCGUGAU